AUGGCCAGCACACACUCUCAAGUAGCACAUUGGCAAUAUGAUUUACUCCCCCAUAUUGUCGACAGGGUAGCCCGCGACGCACCGGACACGCCGUACGGCCUUUGGCUGAUAUCGUCGAUGUCGUAUGAAGAGGGUUAUCAAACCAUCACUUAUUCGCAGUUGGCGAAUGCCGUUAACGGUUUGGCAUGGUGGUUUGCGGAGCAUCUAGGGCCAGGCCAAGGAGAUGUCGUUGUCUAUAUCGGCCCCAACGAUUUACGGUUAACGGCCUUGCUUCUCGCAACUAUCAAGACAAACUACGUGAUCUUCUUCUCAUCACCGCGCAACAGCCCGGCCGCGCACAAGGCGCUGCUAGAGACGCUGAAGUGCAAGACGCUUGUAACAAUCAGUCCUGCGCCGCCACCGGCUCUCGCUAUCCUCGAGGUUGUGCAGCCUCAGAAGCUCACGAUCCCGGAAGUCGACGAGCUUGUUGGUAAAGUAUACGAGCAUUACAAGUGCGAUAGGACGUAUGAGAAGAAUGGCCGGGACCCUAUCUGGGCUAUACACACAUCCGGUUCGACGGGCUUCCCCAAACCCAUCAUCGGGACAUCUGAAGCCAUCGCGCGCCACCACAACGGCACGGACACCGCACCUCCCGAGGGGGUGCGAUCUCUCGACCACUUUGAGCGUGGCAGGAGGAUGUUGACCACUCUGCCGCCGUUUCAUGGAGCCGGCUUAGGACAAUACAUCUUUUGGGGUAUCCCCUUCGGCAGCACGCCGAUUGCCCCCUUGUCAGCGACUAUUCCCACUGCCGUGGGACUUGUUGAGGCCCUCAAAAAGGCGCCGGCUGACAUCGCGUUGGUAGUUCCUUCGGUAGUGGCCGAGUUGGCUGAAGACCUUGUUAGUCUUGAAUAUGUUGCAGCGAGUAUCAAACUGCUCGUAUAUCUUGGGGGUGAUCUACCGCAAAGUGUUGGGGAUCGCGUCGCAACCAAGGUCCCCCUCCGCUGCCAAUACGGCUGCUCGGAGAUUGGCUUCGCGCACCAGCUCUGGCCGACCGAGCUGGGGCCUCUGGACUGGAAGUACAUCCGGUUUCACCCGUGCACGGGGGCCGUCUUCGAGGAGACGGUGGACGGGACUUAUGAGCUGGUCUUCAAGCGGCAUCAGCAAGACUCCUCUUUACUGAAGACCCAAUCCAUAUGGUCCAUCUUGAACCAGGAGCGCCUUGCCGAGUUCCGGACCCGCGACCUCUGGGAGCCGCACCCGGCCGUCCCCGACGCUUGGCGCUGGGUCGCCCGGACCGACGACAUCAUCGUCUUCCUCAACGGCGAGAAGACAAAUCCCGUUACUAUGGAGCAGAGCGUUGUGGCGAGUAAUCCCGGGCUUCUUGUUGGCGCCAUCGUCGUCGGCGCGCAGAGGUUCCAGGCCGCGCUGCUGGUUGAGCCUCCACCUACCCUGAAAAUCGAGAACACGGCGGACGAGGCUGCCCUGAUCGAACGCAUUUGGCCAAGCAUCGAGGAGGCCAAUAGCAUCGCCCCCGCGCACGCGUACAUCGAGAAAUCUAAGGUCCUCAUCGGAGAUCCGAAGCGCCCCUUAAUCCGCGCGGCUAAGGGUACGAUCCAACGCGCAGUGAGCCUGGCGCAGUACUCCGCCGAGAUAGACAAGCUGUACGCCGCUGCAGAUGCCGCCGAAGGCGACAAUGACAUUAUGGCUGACGAGAUGCACAUCCCGUUAGACAGAGGGCUUAUUAUGCGACGGAUCCGGGAGGCCGUUCUUUUUCCUACGGGGUGGCAACAUAUAGAGGAUUCCACCGGCUUUUUCGACAGUGGGAUGGACUUGCUACAGGCACUGCGCAUCAUCCAUACUCUAAGAGGUGCACUAGGCGCGAGCCAUCUCGCACUGUCGACGCUGUAUCAGAACCCGUCGAUUGCGCGCCUGGCGGAGGCGAUUCUGUCGCAGAAGAGUAGUGAUGGCAAUCCUGGUCUUAUGCAGUCGUUGCUGGGUACUUAUUCGGGGCUAAUACAGCAGAUCAAACCAACAAAUAACGGCAUAACGGCUGCUGCUAAUACGGACGUCAUCCUCACCGGCUCCACGGGAACACUAGGGACGCAGAUUCUACGUGCCCUCCUUGAUAGGCCAGGGGUGGGGCAUAUAUAUUGCCUGAACCGUGGCGCGGACGGCGGAUAUGCUGUGCAGCACAAACGCUUCGGAGCCGCUGGAAUUUCAGGGGGACGGCUCGACAACAGAGUUACAUUUCUGCAGGUCGACCUAGCUCAGCCGUUCCUCAACCUCGAGAAAGACAAGUACGAAACGUUGCGAUCACGCGUGGGCGUUGUCAUCCACAACGCUUGGCCAGUUAAUUUCAAUCUAGACCUGCUUGCUUUCCGACGACAACUCGCCGGACUGGUGAAUCUUUUCGCGCUCUCUAACGCCGCGGCGGCGUCAGAAGAAAAGAAGAAUGUGAAGUUCCUCUUCGUUUCAUCCGUGGGAGUUGUUGUAGACGGAACAUCAGGAAAUGCCCCAGAAGCCCUUGUCGAAUUGCCAAGGAAACAAGACGGCAGCAGCAGCAGCAACGGCUACUCCAAAAGUAAGCUCCUCGCCGAGCACCUAUGUGAUGUCGCCGCGCGCCAUCUCAACACUUCCGCCCCUGUCGCUCGCGUAGGCCAGGUCGCCGGCGCGAUCAACCACAAGGGCGUGUGGAACCCAGCCGAGUGGCUGCCGAGUCUAGUCAUGAGCUCGCGGCACCUCGGUUGUCUGCCUGAUAACUUGGGUCCGCGCUUCUCUACGAUCGAUUGGGUGCCCGUCGACGCGCUGGCUGAUGUCGUGGUGGAUCUGAUGACGCACCACCCCAGGAACAGCAAUGACGGAGGAGACGUAGCAAAGGAACCGGCGGAGGGGGCUUGGGUACGCAAUAUACGGAACCCCGCCGUUGUGAAUUGGGAAGACGUGCUCCCCGCUAUCAAGGAGGGUAUCGAGGGUCGCGGGACCAUCGAUGUGGUGCCCGCCAGUGCCUGGUUGCAUCGACUGGAAAUGAGUGUUGAGGCUACUACUGCAGAUGAUGCAGAUGCUAUAGCGGCGAACCCGGCCGUUAAGUUGAUCGAGUUCUACAAUAACAGCGUGUGGAAUGUCAGUGUUGGACCUGCAAGUUCGGAGACGGCGCCGAUGGCUAUCGAGAAGACCCUGGAUGCCAGCCCGACGCUAAGGGAUCUGCCGCCGGUGAGCAGGGCUUGGAUGCGCAAGUGGGUUGACGAGUGGUUGGCUACGGUGGCGGUGAGGGAGGUUUAACUGAGGGUGAUUACAUAUUAACUACGACUGUGAGGUUUAUUGAUUGAUGAUUUACGAGCUGUCCAAGGCAUGUGCUAUGAGUUAGAUUGGUGCUUUCGAGGUUCUUCCAACCCGCUGUGUUGGGUUUGCUACCACUAUCGGUGUUGUC